UUUGGUUCCCUAAUUCCAGCUGCGAGCUCCGCGCGUGGUUUCCGUUCCUUCUUUGCUGCUAAGCAGUGCCCCGAUGGUGGAGACCCUGAAACCAUUUGAGAGAUUUUCUGCUGGACCGUCGGGCGAGCGGCUCUCCCCACGUCGGUGAGCUGGGAACGCCCUGGGACGUCAGGGAGGGGCGGGAGCCUCCUUAAAGCCCUCGGGCCCACGGGAUGGGCGCGAGGUGAGGACGAGCGGGCGGCACUGCAACCACGGCUCCGCGGCCGACAGGAGGACAGACGGACACAGCGGGACGGGCGGACGGGUGAACGUGGGGCGAUGGCGGAGGGCACGGAGCUGGAGUGGGCCGUCCAGGUGCUGGUGAACAACUUUGACAAAUAUUCGAGCCGCUGCUGCUGCCGGAAGCCGCGGCGCAUCAGCAAGAAGGAUUUCCGCAAGAUGCUGAGCCGUGAACUCAACCACAUGCUGACGGACACCGGGAACAGGCGCGCGGCCGACAAGCUGAUCUGCGACCUGGAUGAGAACAAGGACGGGCGCAUCAGCUUCGAGGAGUACUGGACCUUGAUAGGUGGCAUCGCCAGCCCCAUCGCUCACAUCAUCCGCCAGCAGGAGCAGAGCAUCAAGCUCACCAAGUAGCUGGGCUGGGCCUGACCCCCCCCCCCCAGACCCUGAGCUCAGCCCCCGCUGCUCCACAGCCCCUCUGCUUUGUGCCCCUCCUGCCCAGGGCACGCAGAACCCCAAACAUCAGAGUAAAGAGGCACGAGGUCACCACGGAGGGCUCCUCCUGCAUCAUCCCUGUCCUCAUCCCCCCCCCAGAGCUGGGCUGGAAGCGCAGGGAAAGGCUUCCCCCUCACCUAGGACAGAAAUGCUGUCCAUUCUCAGCCCACCCCAACCAGCACCCCCUGUGCCCUCGGAGCACCCUCUCCUCCUCAAAGCCUUGGAGUUUCCACGGGGUAUCCCCCCAACUCCCCUCCUAUCCCCCCCCCACCCCCCGGGGCUGGUGAAGGUCUGCCCUGCCCACCCCUGGGGCUGGGAGCUCCCGGCUGUGGCCGCGGGUUAUUUAUUGCAGCAAUAAAGUUUGGAGGAGCA